ACAAAUGACUUAUUUGCCAUUCGGCUGCGCAUCCUAUCGGACCUUACAUACAUUCUCUUGUGUUUAUUGAUUUACUGAGAAAAAAAACGUAUGGACUUUGUUGUGGGGAUUUUUUCCGCCGCUUAUAGUCUUUACUUUUAGUAAGUUUUAGUUUUAAUCAUGUUGAAAAAUAAUGGGAAAAAGGCAGCUCUCUCUGUAGCCAGCACAGCGUGUCUCUGCCUGCUGCUACUCCUCCUCGCUGUGCAGCAUCAUCGGGCUCAGGUGGAUGAGGUGACAGAUGGAGAGAACACCGGGACGCGCUCUCUUCUCCAAGAUUCCGCGCCGGAGGAGGAGAACGCACAACUCGGGGACUCGCAGGUUAAGAAGGGAUUCUCGGCGUACUUUACCAAACUGACUCGGGCACGGAGGGAGGUGGAGAAGCCCGCAGGCUCCUCUGCAUCCGCCGCUGACGCGCCUCCAGCUGAGGACAUCAGCGCGGAUGACAUCUUCAUCGCUGUGAAGACCACCAAGAAGUUCCACCAGUCCAGACUGAAUCUGCUCCUGGACACAUGGAUCUCUAGAAACAUGCAACAGACUUACAUCUUCACAGACGGAGAUGAUGAGGAGCUAAAAGAGACAAUAGGGAGUCAUGCAAUCAACACCAACUGCUCUGCGGCUCACAGCCGACAAGCUCUGUCUUGCAAGAUGGCGGUGGAAUAUGACAAUUUCAUAGAGUCAGGGAAAAAGUGGUUCUGUCACGUUGAUGAUGACAACUACGUGAAUGUUCAGACUCUGGUGAAGUACUUGUCCCAGUACCCUCACACCCAGGAUAUGUACAUCGGUAAACCCAGUCUGGACCGGCCCAUAGAGGCCACUGAGAGGCUGGGGGACAAUAAGAUGAAACCAGUAAACUUCUGGUUUGCUACUGGAGGAGCAGGCUUCUGUGUGAGUCGGGGAUUAGCGCUGAAGAUGAGCCCGUGGGCCAGCGGCGGCCACUUCAUGAACACAGCGGAGAAGAUCCGCCUGCCCGACGACUGCACCAUCGGCUACAUCAUCGAGUCGGUGCUGGGGGUUCCUCUGACCCGCAGCAACCUGUUCCACUCCCACCUGGAGAACCUGCAGCAAGUGUCGAGAUCUGAGAUUCACAAACAGAUCACCCUCAGUUAUGGGAUGUUUGAAAACAAGAGCAAUAUCAUCAGUUUGAAAGGGGCUUUUUCUGUGGAGGAGGAUCCAUCGAGGUUCAAGUCUGUGCACUGUCUCCUGUAUCCAGACACCCCAUGGUGUCCCCCUCAGGUUGCCUUUUAGGGCAACUGCUCCUUUCUCAUCCUCGUCCCCGUCGUGCCUCGGUAUCUGAAAGGCUUGUGGGGACCAGUGUUUGGUAUCAGACUGUGCAGCUGCUGUAUUCUUGCUGCAGUGAGCACAGUCUUUAAUAGUUUUACUGGGCUGCUGUGCGGCCCGCCUCGGGACUUGUUCUUCCUGUCAGGACGUCGCUCCAUA